AAACAAAGUAUUAAGAAAUAUGUGAUUUAUAAAGAAAAAAUUAUAAUAAAUUAAAUAAGUUACUACAUACAUGAACUAAAUAUAAUAUUGCCGACUAAUAACACUUUAAAUACUUUUUUAAUUGGUUGUAAAACGAAAAUUAAAAAAGGAGAAAAAUUGUUUGUUCAUACAAGUGAAAAAAAGGAAAACAAAAUACAGAAAAACUAACGAAAAAAAUUGCUGGCCAAUUAAAAUUAAUUAAAACUAAUUGAAAAGAAAAACUCAACAAACAGUAGUAGUAAAUAAACGAUAAUAAAAAAAACAAACAAUACAACACGUACUUUUUAGUUUGGAAACAAGUGGAAUGCCUCCUUUGAAAUCGUAUUCCCCACAAAAUGAAUAUAACGGUAAUGGCAAUAAUUCACCUACCGACGCUUCAGGAGCUUCUGGUACAGAUUCGUCUGCCUCGAGUUCCAAUGGCACCACCUCAUUGAAUAUAAAUUCGCAACGUUCCACCAAAGCACCACCGUAUUGUAAUGGUCAGUAUCCGUUUAAGGUAUUGACGAAUCUCAAUCAAUUGCGUUCACAAAGUCGUUUUUGUGACGUUGAUAUAGUGGCCGGUGGGGCCACUUAUGCGGCUCAUCGCGUUAUCUUAAGUGCUGCUAGUGCCUAUUUUGAGGCCAUGUUUAGACCGGAGUUGGGUUUGAACGAAGUCAACCAAAAGACAGUUGUAUUACAUACAAUUGAUGGUGAAAUUUUGAAUAUUUUAUUGGAUUUCAUCUAUACGGGAAGAUGUGAAAUAACACAAUCCAAUGUCCAAGAAUUAUUAGCUGCGGCUGAUAUGUUGCAACUGCAUGAAGUGGUAGAUGGUUGUUGUGAGUUUUUGUGUCGUGAGUUACAUGCCAGCAAUGCUUUGGGUAUUUUACGCUUUGCUGAAGCUCACAAUUGCGAAGCCUUAGCUAAGAGUGCAUUAAACUUUGUGCAUGCCAAUUUUCCGGCGAUUACUCAGGAAGAUGAAUUUCUCGAAACACCACAAACUUUAUUGUCACAACUUUUAACCUCAGAACUGUUGCGUGUUGAUUCCGAAUCUCAAGUAUUUCAGGCGGCUUUACGUUGGAUCAAACAUGAUGUCACCCAAAGGAGAUGUUUUGUUUUCGAUAUUUUGUCGCUGGUACGUUUGGCUCUGGUGCCGGUCAAAGUUAUCGAUCAGGCUUUAAGAGACUGUCGUGAUAUGUCUGUAAAGAUAGCUUUGAGAUCGAUAUGUCGCGAUAUAGCCUCGAAACGGGGUCAAUUGGUGCCUUUGCGUGUAUGUCCUCGCCAGUUGGCCAAGAAAAAUAUCUAUAUUAUAGGAGGUUCUCGACGAGAGACAACUUCUACUUGGAAUCCAGCCGAUGAUAUCUAUGAUACGGUGGCAAAAUUCGAUAUAUUUCGUAGGGAAUGGACGGAAACAGCCCCCAUGGAGAUUGGCCGUAUAUUGCCGGGUGUGGCGGCCCUAAAUGGCAAGAUUUAUGUCAUAGGUGGUGAGAGAGGUGCCCAAAUCCUGGCCAAUGGUGAAGUAUACGAUCCUCAGAAUGAUUGUUGGUCUCCUAUAGCACCAAUGAUAGUGCCACGUUGCGAAUUUGGCUUGUGUGCCAUGGACAAUAGUCUGUUGGCCGUGGGUGGUUGGAUAGGUGAUGAUAUUGGUGGUUCAAUGGAACGUUACGAUCCCGAUAAAGAUGUUUGGCAGAUCAUAGGCAAUUUGCCUGAGCCACGUUUCAGCAUGGGGGUGGUUAGUUUUGAGGGUCUCAUUUAUAUAGUGGGUGGUUGCACCACUUCCAGUCGCCAUUUACCAGAUUUAGUCAGCUAUAAUCCCGUUACCCAGGAGUGGCAGCCUUUGGCUAGAAUGCAAGUGGCCCGCUGUCAAAUGGGAGUGGCCAUAUUGGAACGUUAUUUGUAUGUGGUGGGCGGUAAUAGUAGUUCUGCUGCUGUUUUAAGUUCGGUGGAACGAUACAGUUUUGAUGAUAACACUUGGUCUACGGUAUGUGCCAUGUCGGUGCCGAGAGCUAUACCCGCCGUAGCAGCUGCUGAUGGUUUACUCUAUGUGGCAGGCGGUGACCAGCCCUGUGAGGCCACCUUUUACCGAGCCCAAGUCACUAUAAGUGCUGUCGAGUGUUAUGAUCCUUUAACCGAUACUUGGAAAAAUUGUCCCGACUUGCCCGUUAGCCGCUCGGAAGCUGGUGCCGUUGUUGUUUAACCCUUAAUCUAAACCUGUGGCGGUUGGUAUCAGUAGUCAAUAAGCUGCCCAAGUUUCAAUCAAACUUUAUGUAGGUAUUACGGUAACUCUAACUAACAUUCUGAAGAAACACAAAUCAGUAUAUUUAUCCUUAUUUUUAUUAAAUGUAUUAUGCUUUACUUUACACUACAUAUAUACUUUAAUUUUAAGUUUUUUUAUACACAAAUUUCUAUAAUUUCAAUCCAAAAAAAUUGCUAAGCCAAUCUAACAAAACAAACAAUUCCUUUAAAAGGUUUAAAAUACAAUAUAGGUUCAAAAUUUAAUCCAAAAUCAAGCUAAAUGUAAAAAAAAAAAAUUAAGAAAAUAAUCAUACGUAUUAAAUUGAUGUAAUAUUGAAUAUAAAAAUCAAAAACAAAAAUAUUAAAAUAAUAAAACGUGAAAACCUUGAAGAAAA